AUGACCACAACAGCAGCCAUGUCUACACUUUACCAAUAUCCUCUCAAGCCCGCAUCCUGGAAUGAGCGUGAUGCCAUACUAUUCGCAUACAGCAUUGGUUGCUCGGAAUCAGAACUACAAUAUCUAUACGAACUUUCUCCCAAUUUCACUACAUUCCCAACAUUCCCAGUUGUGCUCACAUUCAAGCACGACUACAGUUCUACAUCAUCUUUUGAGGAACAUUUCACGAGACACUUGACACCUCCUCCAGACUGUAUCCCUGGGUUUCCUGCACUAGACAUCGCUCGGGUUGUCGAUGGGGAGCGGACUCUGGAAGUCAUCAAGACGCUUCCAACUUCCAGUAAAGACCGCACUUUCGUGAUCAAAAGUAGCGUUGUUCAGAUCUGGGAUAAAGGUGUAGGGAAAAGCACAAUUGUUCGAACCGAGCACUUACUCCUCGAGRUACUCGAUAAGGGAAUCGAAGUUCCCUUCACCCGAAUGAGUGAAACUGCAGUCUUCAUGGGACAGGGCGGAYGGGGAGGUCCAAAUGCGUCGAAGUCUCCUUCCCCGGUAUCCUUGCCCACACAAGCGACUCCUACCGCCACCCACGUACAUCAUAUCCCAUCGACGGCACACCUUCUCUACCGGCUGAACGGCGAUUACAACCCCCUACAUGCCACACAUGUGACAGCUGCAGUCGUACAGCCUACACCUAUUAUGCAUGGGCUUUACAGCYGGAACGUUGCAACUCAUGCCGUUACCUCCGCCUUUGGAAGCGAUCUUCGAUAUGUCAGAGCCAGUUUCGCGAGUCCAGUACGUCCUUCCGAUGUUCUCUACAUUCGGAUGUGGAGGGGCGAAGAACGAGACGGCUGUAUUGAGGUCCGAUUCGAUGUCAAGGUUGAGGACAAGGUUGUGUUGUCAAACGGCAUUGCAUUGGUCCACAAAGGGCAGAAGGAAGCGAGGUUGUAG